GGUAUUGUAAUUGCGAUGACAUAACUCAGUUCAUUCUUUUCCAUAGCAUAUAAUUUCUAGCAAGCUUUUUCGUGAUGUUAGCCUUGAGACGGCAUAAAAGACAAUUCACUGCAUUGUUUUUUUCUAUAUGCUCAGUUUAUUGCAUAUUGUCGACUUUUAUUAAACGAAUGCAUUUCAACUCGACCGCAAAUGAGCCGUUUAAAAUGGUCAACGAGUAUCACCCGUUUGUUGAUUUCAAAUUUGUGAUACCGGAAAUUUCUCCAAAGUUUGAUGAGACGUCGAAUAUAUUCAUGAUGGUGUUAGUCAAUUCUGGUGCCAAAGGAGAUGAGUUCAGAAAACGUCGCGAGGCCAUCCGACAAACCUGGGGAAAUCGGGAAAACUGCGAACAACGUAAAGCUUCGCAAGAUGAAAGAUUAAAACACUUAAGAUGGCUGCUCGUAUUUGUUGUUGGAAAAGCAGGAACUGGAACGAACGACGAUGAAUUGAAUAUGGCUGAAGCUCGACAAUACAACGAUAUGUUGAUUGGAAAUAUCACAGACAACUACAUUAACAAUAUUAUCAAGUUUUACAUGGGUCAGGUUUGGGCGAGUAGAUUUGAUGUAAAAUACACGAUGAAAACAGACGACGAUGUUUACGUGCGUAUACCACGCGUGUUGGAGUAUCUUGUGAAUGCGAAGUUUCCAAGACCAUUCUAUGGGGGUCGGAUAAACCCCCCUAGUAAGGUAGACCGCAAAAUCGAUGGGAAAUGGGCAAUAAGUCAUAAGUAUUUCGACGAAGCAUAUUUCCCACGCAUGAACUAUGGUGGAUUCUUUAUUUUAUCGAGCGACCUUCUCGGUAAAUUGACCAACUAUGUGUACAAAAGAAAACCGUUUCACGUCGACGACGCAUACGUUGGUGUGGCCAUGAGAGACUUUAAUAUCAAACCAUCAAAGAUCGAGUCGUUUCACUUGGUUCAAAGAGAACCAUGGCGUGCUCGUCUUAGGACUUUGAGAAACUGCGAAAUUUUAAGCUGGAGUGCGCUUGGACAUACGAUGAGUCCUCGCGAUAUUAAAAUUUUCCACGAACGGUUCGAGUCUCUUGUAUGUACGGAUAUCCCACUGGAUACCGAGUACCAUCGCUGCAUCACAACUGCCGUUUACCUCUGGUUGAAAACUGGCGUUUUAUGGUUGAAAAGGAAUAUAAUGAACUGAUGGUGACGGUUGAUUUUAUGAUUGCGGAUUAAUUGAAAAUAAAAAAAAUGUGUAACCAUAGCAGAAGUUGAUUUGAACCCGGCGUUUACACACUAGUUAUAGCAAAACUAUACAAACUAUAUACAUUACUAUAUAAAUACAGAUAUACAUGGAUGAGUUACACUAUGUACACUUAACGAUUUAAAAUAAACACAUAUUACUGCAUGUUCUACAAGACUGCCGUACGGACGAGAGUCUGUUUUAUAAAAGGAAGUAGUUGUCAAUCACUCUUUUAAAUCACUUAGGGGAACGCGGGAUGAAAACGUCCCGUCUCGAGACGGGAGGCCCUUAAAGUGCUACUGCGACGCAAUUUCUGACCUCAUUUUUAUUGGCCGAAAGAAUUCUUCAGUUAUUUAGCACUAUAUUUGAAGUUUUAUAAGUAUAGUGCCGUCAGCCUUUCGAACAAUCUUCCGUCUGAAGCCAAGCAAGCGGAUUCAAUAUUCGAAAUCCAAAUGAAAAGUCACAACUUUUGAGUUUUAAUUCCGGAAAUCGCGAGAAAUCUAAAGUUCGACCUGAUAGCUUAGUUCCAGUACUGGAGAUAAAGUGGGUUUAUUUGCGCUCAAACAAAACUGGAAAUGCAAAAGUCA